ACGCGCCAAGCGGAAGUGCAGUGUUCGGAGUGUAAACAGACCACGCGGUUGACCGGAGCAGAUCAUGACGGGCUCAGCAGCAGCAAGGCUCGCGGUGAAAUGUGCGCUGCUGGCGGCGAUCUGCAGCCGGUGUCGGGCUCUGCAGGGCGGGAUGCUGUUUCCCAGAGACUCCCCGAGCAGAGAAGUGAAGGAUGUGAGCGGCCUGUGGAGCUUCCGAGCCGAUCUGUCGGACAACCGGAACCGCGGAUUCGAGGAGCAGUGGUUCAGCAGACCUUUGGAGGAGACGGGUCCAGUGAUUGACAUGCCGGUGCCGUCCAGCUACAAUGACAUCACACAAGACGCCAAAAUCAGGGAUUUUGUUGGCUGGGUUUGGUAUGAGAAGGAAGUGCUGGUUCCCACACGCUGGAUCCAGGACCGGGGAACACGCAUCGUGCUCCGAGUGGGAAGUGCACACUAUUACUCUGUGCUUUGGGUGAACGGGGUCCAGAUGACUGAACAUGCGGGCGGUCAUCUGCCAUUCGAGGCGGACAUCAGCAGCGUUCUGCGUCAGAGCUCUGGAGGUCCGUGUCGAAUCACCAUAGCAGUGAACAACACUUUAUCUCUGGAAACACUUCCACCAGGAACCAUCCAGUACAUGAACGACCGCACAAGAUAUCCUUCUGGCUACUUCGUUCAGAACACUAACUUUGAUUUCUUCAACUAUGCUGGAAUACAUCGCUCCGUCCUGCUGUACACGACACCCGCGGUGCACAUUGAUGACAUCACAGUCCAGACGACAUUCUCCGAUAACAUCGGACUGGUCAGUUAUAAUGUGUCAGUGUUGGGCGGCUCUAAGGCGGCUGUGAAAGUGACGCUCUCAGCGAAGGACGGCAGAUGCGUGGCCUCGUCUGAAGGCCUCAGUGGAGUCCUCAAAAUCACAGACGUCAACCUGUGGUGGCCUUACCUGAUGCACGAGAACCCCGGAUACCUGUACUCCAUGGAGGUUCAGGCGAUCGCAGAAGACGGACAGACGGAUAUUUACACUCUUCCUGUGGGCGUUCGUACUGUUCAAGUCACCAGAUCCAAGUUUCUCAUCAACAACAAGCUGUUUUACUUCCACGGGGUCAACAAACACGAGGAUGCAGACAUUCGAGGGAAAGGCUUCGACUGGCCUCUGGUGGUGAAGGAUUUUAACCUGAUGAAGUGGAUGGGAGCCAACUCCUUCCGCACCAGCCACUAUCCGUACGCUGAGGAGAUCCUGCAGACGGCGGAUCGACACGGCAUCGUCAUCAUCGACGAGUGUCCGGGAGUCGGCAUUAAAGACAUACGCAGUUUCGGUAAUGUUUCUCUGGCUCAUCAUCUGACCGUGAUGGAGGAGCUGGUCAGACGUGAUAAAAACCAUCCGUCUGUGGUCAUGUGGUCGGUGGCCAAUGAGCCGGCGUCUGAAAUGCCGCCUGCGGGACUCUACUUUAAGGAGCUGAUCUCUCAUACGAAGUCUCUGGAUUCCAGUCGUCCCGUCACAUUUAUUACUGACAGCAACUACGCCAGAGAUCAAGGGGCUCCAUAUGUGGACGUGGUGUGUGUGAACAGUUAUUUCUCCUGGUAUCAUGAUCCGGGUCACACUGAGCUCAUCCGGCUGCAGCUCAGCACUCAGUUCGACAACUGGCACGGAAAAUACCAGAAGCCCAUCAUCCAGAGCGAGUACGGAGCUGACGCUGUCCCCGGCCUGCACAGCGAUCCGCCCAUGAUGUUCACAGAGGAGUACCAGCGGGCCGUCCUGCAGAACUACCACAGCGUGUUCGACCAGAAGAGGAAGGAGUUUGUGAUUGGAGAACUGAUCUGGAACUUCGCCGACUUCAUGACGGCUCAAACCAUCACUCGAGUGGUGGGCAAUAAGAAGGGUGUGUUCACUCGUCAGCGUCAGCCCAAAGCCGGAGCGUUUAUCCUGCGUGAGCGUUACUGGAGGAUCGCCAACGAGAGCGGAGUGUUGCCCACCUGGAGCAGAUACCCCUGUCUCUAAACACACACACACACACACACACAGAGAAAGAUAUACACAAAGACAGACACACACAGAAACACACAAAA